GGCUGAUCAGUUCUCACAUCUCAGUCUUAGUCCAGAUCUCAUCUAAGCGCCAUGAAGCCCUGUUCCUUCUCUCUGCUCCCGGUCUUGCUGCUGUUCCUGGUCCCGGUUCUGGCGGCCGGACCGGGCUGUGCUCCCUGCGACCCGACUCAAUGCGCCCCCCUCCCUUCUGACGGCUGUCCCGCAGGCUCCCUGCAGGACUCCUGCGGGUGCUGUGGGGUCUGCGCCGCUGCGGAGGGAGAGCCGUGCGGUGGACGCCGCGCGACAGCGCGCCGCUGCGGCACCGGACUGGAGUGCGUCAAAAGCGACAACGACAAGAAGAGCAAGAGCGGCGUGUGCGCGUGCAAGAACAGCUACGAGGUCUGCGGCACCGAUGGAACAACGUACAAGAACGGCUGCGCGCUGAGGAGCGCGAGCCUGUCAGCGCAGAAGGAGGGCAAAGAGGCCAUCAGUGUCCUAAACAAAGGCCGCUGCGCUUCAGCUCCUGUCAUUGUCACUCCACCGGGUCAGGUGUACAACGUCAGCGGCUCCCAGGUGUUCCUGAGCUGUGAGGCUGUGGGUGUGCCCACACCUGUCCUCACCUGGAGGAAGGUCCUUGGUGGAAAGAGAAAGGCGGCGCUUCUUCCUGGAGAUCGAGACAACCUGGCAAUCCAGACCAGAGGAGGACCAGAAAAGCAUCAAGUGACCGGAUGGGUUCUGAUCUCCCCUCUGACUGAAGAAGAAGAUGGAUCAUAUGAGUGUCACGCCUUCAACUCCAAAGGUGAAGCAUCGGCCAUUGGGGAGAUCCACCUUGUCGAAUCCAUCAACAACAUCAAGACGGGGCUCAAGGAGGAUGAGCUGUGAUCAGCGGGUCCAACAAACAUUACAGGAAACUAAAAAACACAUUUCUGUUUCUUCUUUUUAUCUUUUUUCUUUGAAUUAAAAAUGUUAUAAUCCUUUUUUACUCUUUGCUUAAAGGGCUAUGAUGUAUGUCUAAAGAGAGGUUGUUUUCCACCCAUUUAACUUUCUUCUCCUGCAAAACAUUUUGUGAGAAAAUUCGUUUCUGUUGUGAAAUAAAAACAAGACAUGAUCUUUCAUCAAAAAUGUUUUUUUUUUCUGAAAGCUGAUACUUUUCUUUCCUGUUGAUAUAGAAAAUAAAGUGUAUAAAUCAGAUUGUAG